GAGCACCACGGAAUCUCUGUUGACCCCCAAUAUCCAAACCAGGACGGGGAGAGAGUUGACUUGGGGAUUGAGAGUUUCAAGUUUCCGCAAUGCACUCGCUCACCCGGGCUUGGAAGUUCGCUGAUACCACCGGUACUCGGGUAUGACACGGGUUACGAGUAAGUUAGGUGCUCUGAGAUGGCUAACAAUUCAGCCAGAAUCCCAGCCGGCCGCAAAGUUCCUUUCACCACCAUGGUCCUUAACACGAAAACCCAUACUGUCCUAGAUGCCUGGUAGGGCACCCUCGGGAAGAUGCCGGUACCAACCUUGCAGUCCUGCCUCAACUGACACUCCUCGAUAACCGUACGAUACUUCGGCCCCUCUCUUCGGGGGUCUUGCAAAAAAAUAUGGCCAAUAAACGUGGGUUUAGCCUAAAUGCGGCUCUUGAGAAACGCUUCCAUGAGUCGCUUGUCUGGGACCAUGGCCGACAGGAGUGAUUGAUUACCUUGGGGUAUCAUGUCGAUCCGUCCAUCUCCCUCCGUUUGAUAUUACUAGGCAAACUUGAUCACUGAAACGGGCCUACUGUUCUUGAAGGUUAAUCGGGAGAGUGUUGUUAACGCUGCUAGCAAGCCGUGGUGUUGCGCAGGGGCCGAAGGUGCAGGAUUAGGAGGGUGAAUGAAGUAAGUUCAGUACUAUCUGCCCCCCGUCUACUUCCUACCCUAGCGAGCUCCCGUGCUAGCUAUAAUUGAAGGUAAUGAAUAUUGAUUUGUGUUAAUUCAGCAAGGAGAACUUCAUCACCGGCCGUCCGGGCCAUGAGAACCAGCACAGAAGUUCCAUAUUAAAGGCUCCCGGAAAGGAAAAAUACGAUUUCUUUUUCGAUAAAUUCCUCGAGCACUUUUUCACGGAUUCUGAAGUGGAGUUCCUUGCCUCAUUGGGGCUAACUGCUUGCGAAUUCCCUUCAACUAUCACCACUUCGAGGAUGAUAUGAACCCGCGGGUGCUCAGAAAGGAUGGCUUCAAACAUUUGGAUAGAGUGGUCGAUGCGGUGAGGGUUUGCAGUUUUACUGAGGGAAAAUGCUUGUGAGCUUAUUAGCGAUAGUGCGCGUGCCGUGGGAUUUACAUAAUCUUGGAUCCACAUGCCGUCCCAGGCAUCAAGAAUCCCGAUUAGCAUUCGGAUAACACCAACGUCGUCUCGUCAACGGAAGCACAAAGAUUUCCAGGACAGGGUGGUUUGGCUGCGGGAACAAGUUCCAGAAAGUUAUAGGGAUAAUGUCUGGGUAUCCGUGUGUUACCCUCUCAAUGAACCCAAUGACUCCCGUUCGCCCCCCCCCCCCCCCACCAUCCCCAAACCCGGGAUAUACUAAUUCGCGCUAAAAGAAAAAUAGGCCAUACCAGACUCGUCAGUUUCUACGACCGGAUAGAGAAAGCCAUCCGCGCAGUUAAUCCUCACCACAUUCUCUGGUUGGACGGAAAUACUUUCGCAACGGACUUUAGAGCCUUCAACCACGUCCCCAAACUGCGUGUACUCCAUUCACGAUCAUGCGGGUAGCCCCUUCCCUCCAGCCCUCUCGGUACAACACUCAUUGACAAGCAACCUGUUAAUGGGCUUCCCAACCGGCGAACGUUACAAAGGCACCCCGGAGCAGGACCAAAAACUCGAGACUCAAUAUCUCUGCAAGACCGAAUCAUGAGACGCUUCAAGGUGCCCGUGUGGAACGGCGAGUUUGGUCCCGUGUACGAGCACGACAAUGAGGGGACCAACCUCGAGAGGUACAAUAUGCUUCGUGCGCAACUUAGGAUCUAUGACAGGUUCGAGAUCCCCUGGAGCAUUUGGCUGUACAAGGAUAUCGGAGUGCAGGGCAUGGUGUAUACUAGCCCUGAGAGUAUGUGGAUUAAACCCCUCCAACCCUUUUUAGAGAAGUGGAGGUUGCAGGCGGAUCCCUGAGAAUAUCAGCCCUGUCAGGAGCCCGGCCGCAUUUGUAACGUAAAACCCCCCUGUUGCACUUCAUCGACACAAAAUGUUAACAAUAUCGCACUUAACAGCCGCUCGUUUCUUAGCUCGAAAAAGGAUCCCCCGACACCGGGGACAGGUACCAUAAUCUCUAGGAUAUCAAAAGACAUGUCUCUAGAAUAGUCAAAGAGAGCUUCUUGAGCGAGACGCUGUCGGAUGAUUUCGCCAGUUACUUCUCCGGCAUGGAUGAGGCCGAGUUGGAGGAGGUGGUGAAGAGCUUUAGCUUUGAACAGUGUAUGCAAAGAGAGGGGUUAAACAAGAUUUUGAGAGAG